AAGUGAGUGACAAAAAGAGAACAAAUUGAUCGUAGAAAACUGAUAGAGGCAGUGAUGGAAGAAGGUUCAGAGACAGGAAAGUGGGGAUGGAUGAAAAGGAGGAGAGCAAUGAGGGAAGAGCUGAAGAAGGUGGGUACUAUAGCAGCUCCAAUGGUGGUUGCAAGUGUGUUGCAAUAUCUUUUGCAAGUGGUGUCAUUGGUAAUGGUUGGCCAUCUUAACCAGCUCUCUCUUUCAAGUGUUGCUAUUGCAAUCUCUCUCACCAAUGUUUCUGGGUUUAGUGUUUUGUCAGGGAUGGCUGGUGGAUUGGAAACUUUAUGUGGCCAAGCUUUCGGGGCAGGGCAAUAUGAAAAAUUUGGACAAUAUACUUACACUGCCGUAAUCUCCCUUUCUUUGAUUUGUUUCCCAAUCACAAUUCUAUGGACUUUCAUGGACAAAAUAUUAACACUCUUAGGCCAAGACCCAACAAUUUCCCUUGAAGCUCGUAAAUAUGCCAUUUGGCUAAUACCUGCUCUAUUUGGUUCCGCAAUUCUCAAACCUCUAACACGAUUUUUCCAGACCCAGAGUUUGAUUUCUCCCAUGAUUCUAACCUCUGCCAUAGCUUUGUGCUUCCACGGAGCAACAUGUUGGACCCUUGUAUUUAAAUUGGAGUUGGGACAUGUUGGUGCUGCAAUCUCCUUCAGCCUUUGUGUUUGGUUUAAUGUGAUGUUGCUUUUGUCCUUUGUGAGGUAUUCCUCUGCUUGUGAGAAAACACGCAUCCCUUUCUCCAAGAAUGCUUUGGUUGGUGUUGGAGACUUCUUUCGCUUUGCUGUGCCAGCAGCAGUCAUGGUUUGUCUUAAAUGGUGGGCCUGCGAGAUACUUGUUUUGCUAGCUGGACUUUUUCCAAACCCAAAGUUGGAGACAUCAGUCCUAUCUAUAUGCUUGACAAUCUCUACAUUACAUUUCACCAUACCUUAUGGGUUUGGGGCUGCUGCUAGCACUAGAGUUUCGAAUGAAUUAGGAGCUGGGAAUCCACAAGCAGUUCGUGUGGCUGUUUCAGCAACGAUGUUCCUUGCAGUCACAGAGGGUCUAAUUGUAAGUGCAACACUAUUCGGCUGCAGACAUCUCUUGGGUUAUGCCUAUAGCGAUGAUCGUAUGGUUGUUCAUUACGUGGCUGUUAUGACCCCUCUGCUUUGUCUCUCUAUUUUUACUGACAGCUUACAAGGAGUUCUUUCAGGGGUUGCUAGAGGAAGUGGGUGGCAACAUCUAGGAGCCUAUGUCAAUCUGGGAGCAUUUUAUCUGGUAGGAAUUCCUGUAGGUAUCGUACUUGGCUUUGUUGCACAUUUAAGAGCAAAGGGCCUCUGGAUUGGAAUAGUCACUGGCUCCAUUGUCCAAUCGAUUCUCCUUUCCCUUGUUACUGCUCUUACCAACUGGAAGAAACAGGCAAUGAUGGCAAGGGAGAGAAUAUUUGAUGCUAAACCACCAGACGAAAAUGAAUCAAAUCACAUGACGAGUGCUUAAAGCUAGUUGGUACAGAGAUAUACAAUCUGUCACGAAAGUAUGGUUUUCGCAAAGAAAUGUUAUGAGACACCUACAUCAACAUCGAGAGAGACAAAGAAAUAAAUGAAAGCAAAGACAUAAAUAUGUAAUAGAUAAUAUAAUGUUACAAGAAAAAUAGAGAAACACACCAGGAAUGUCAAACAAGUAGUGUUUGUAAUAAUGGAGUGUCUAUGCAUCACUGAUU